ACUUCUCUCGUUACAUGUGUGCAACCACUUAAAAAAAACAUCCAGGCUGGCUUACUCAGCAGAUUAUAAAAGAGUGAUUUACAAAAUGCAGCUUUCUUCCAGAUCACCCGUGCCGUUGUAUUUAUGUGACUGAAGGUCUCGGCUGAUCCCUUCUUUCCUUGUGCAGCCAAGAGGUUUGCCGCAGCAGCAACAGCCACGGCCAGUACAAUACUUAAGAAGGUUCCUAAAAGGAUGGCGUCCCUCUUGGAGAUGAAAGAAGUCUUCCGCAAUGCUGAUGCAGUAUGCUUUGAUGUGGACAGUACAGUCAUCAGGGAAGAAGGCAUUGAUGAGCUUGCAAAGUUCUGUGGAGUCGGAGAUGCCGUUGCAGAGAUGACCCGCAGAGCUAUGGGUGGCACUGUGACAUUCAAAGCAGCUUUAACGGCACGACUAGGUCUUAUACGUCCCUCCUAUGAGCAAGUGCAAAAACUAAUAUCUGACAACCCACCUCAACUAACACCAGGAAUAAGGGAGCUGGUGAACAGGCUUCAUCAACGAGGAGUCCAGGUCUUCUUGGUCUCUGGGGGGUUUCAGAGCAUCGUGGAGCAUGUGGCCUUGCAGCUGAACAUUCCAACAGCAAAUGUCUUUGCCAACAGGCUGAAGUUUUACUUUAAUGGAGAAUACGCAGGAUUUGAUGAAACACAGCCAACAGCUGAAUCAGGAGGGAAAGGAAAGGUUAUUACUCAUCUGAAGGAACAGUUCCACUUUAAGAAAGUAGUUAUGAUUGGAGAUGGAGCUACAGACAUGGAAGCCUGUCCCCCUGCUGACUGCUUCAUUGGAUUUGGAGGAAAUGUAAUCAGAAAGCAAGUGAAGGAGAAAGCUAAAUGGUACAUUACUCACUUUGAUGAACUGCUAAAGGAACUGGAAGAACGAUAAAUUAUACAGUAAAAUAAUGUAUUUAACAACUGUAAAUCCAUUAUACAAUGCAAUUAAACAUAUAUUUGUUUGCAAA